UCUUGUGUUAUUAAUGCUGAGUGGCUCUGGCAGCUACUGUGGUUCAAGGUCGUUAUUCAUCCGCUGCUAUUGCAGGAGACACGGGAGCGCAGAGCCAGAGCUGUUCAUCCAACCCUCUUGGUCCUCCCAGGCCAGCAGGAUGAAGGAGUCUAGGCAAACAUUCCUUAAUUUAUUCUGCGUCCUCUGGCUCUUGCUUCUGCUGAAGGCUGCCUCUUCCUCCCCUCUGCCCCGUGGAAAAGACCCACGACCCCCUUCGCUCCCCUUUGGGCUGUACAAAGGACACACCUGCGUUGGAUGUGUGCUUGUGGUGUCUGUCAUCGAGCAGCUUGCACAGUGGCACAACAGCACAGUAAAGGCAGCCGUGGAGAGACUGUGUGACUACAUACCUGAAAAACUGCAAGGCUUCUGUUAUGUGCUUGCUGAACUCUACGGACCACACAUAGCUGAACUCAUAGACAAGGAAAUGAAUGCCGAUGUGGUUUGCCAUUCCUUGAGGCUGUGUAAACAGGAUCCAGGACAACCGCUUUGUCAUCUCUACUCUCCUCCAAAGGUGGGACUGAGUGUUGCCAUAAGAAAAGCAAAAAGAAUUAUGAAGACUUCCAAGGACCUGAAAAGCUUCAUGGGGUUCUCAAGUGUAUGUGCAUUUCCACUUCUGGCUAACCUGUGUGAGAAGAUUAAAUAUGUUCUAAGAAAUAAACUGCCUUUUGAAGAUUUUGAUGGAGAUAAAUUUAGUACUUUCCCAACAUUGAGGGGCUAUCACUGGCGAGGCAGAGACUGCGACGACAAAAACACAACCGUGUACCCUGGCAGGCGUCCUGAUAAUUGGGAUGCAAAAAGUGACUCUAACUGCAAUGGCAUAUGGGGUGUGGAUCCAAAAGAUGGAAUUCCCUAUGAGGAGAAAUUCUGCAAAGGUGCAGACUCGAAAGGGGUCGUGCUCUUGGGAGACUCGGCCGGUGCGCACUUCCACAUCCCUCCCGAGUGGAUGACCGUCACGCAGAUGUCAGCGAAAUCAUUUGCUAAUCUCCCCAUGGCUUUCAGUGAUGAGCUUGACUGGCCCCAGUUCUCAGAGAUCACUGGAUUUCUGAAUUCCACCAUUGGAGGGUGGACAGACUCUCUGUAUCUACGUUUACGCAAGAGAAAUCGCUGUAAUCACAGAGACUUGCAGAACAUUUCCCAAAAUGGUGUUUCCUUUGUGGACACGUUCUUCAUUGCAUAA